AUGGCUCUGAAGCUUAACAACCAGAAUCUCCAGAAGAUUGCCGCCGCCGGGGAGGCUCCAGUCAAGGUUCCAACCUAUGCUCGUGGUGGCGCUGUCAAAGAAGGAAUUGUCCACGUUGGUGUGGGCGGUUUCCAUCGUGCGCACCUAGCAUACUAUGUCGACCUGCUGAUGCAGCAAGGCGUGACUGACUGGGCCAUCUGCGGUGUUGGUCUGCAGCCUUUCGAUGCUACGAUGCGAGAUGUUUUGGGAUCGCAGGACUGCCUUUACACCCUCAUUGAACGAUCCGCCAAGGGUAGUUCGUCCCACGUCAUCGGUAGCAUCAACUCUUUCCUUUUCGCCCCCGAUGAUCGCGAAGCCGUUAUUGCGAAGAUGGCCCACCCAGAUACCCACAUCGUCUCCCUCACCAUCACCGAAAGUGGCUACUAUUACAAUGAGAACACCCACGAGCUCCAGCACGAACACCCCGAUAUUCAAUUCGAUCUCGACCCGGCAAACGAGAAAGCUCCUCGAACAACAUUUGGCUUCCUUUAUGCUGCUAUGGCCCGCCGCCACCAGGCUGGUCUGAAGCCCUUCACCGUUAUGUCGUGCGAUAAUAUGCAGAAGAACGGUGCUAUCACUCGUAAUAUGCUUACGUCAUUUGCGCGUCUGCGCGACCCCGAACUUGCGAAUUGGAUCAAUGAGCAAGGCCACUUCCCGAAUGCUAUGGUCGACCGUAUCACUCCACAGACAUCGGCUGCGGAUAAGUUAUCUCUCGCCGAGAACUUCGGUAUUCAAGAUGGAUGGCCCGUUGUCACCGAACCCUUCACACAGUGGGUCAUUGAGGAUCACUUCUGUGAUGGUCGCCCACCAUUCGAUAAGGUGGGUGUUCAGCUGGUUACAAACGUCCAUAAAGUCGAAGAAUUCGAGAAGCACAAAUUGCGUUUGCUCAACGGUAGUCACUCCGCCAUUGGUUACCCUGGUCAGCUUGCCGGCUUUAAAUAUGUUCACGAAGUAAUGGAGAACCCAUUGUUCCGUCGCUUUGUCUGGCAGAUGAUGCAGGAUGAAGUCAAGCCGCAUUUGCCUGAAAUCCCCGGUGUCAAUAUUGACGAGUACUGCAACACGCUAAUGGAGCGUUUCUCAAACCCAACCAUCAUGGAUCAGCUACCUCGUGUCUGCCUUAAUGCAUCUGGCAAGAUUCCCCAAUUCAUCAUGCCCUCGAUUGCUGAGGCGAUUUGGGAUACGGCGCCUUUCCGCCGUCUAUGCUUCGUUGCAGCGGCAUGGUUCCGUUACCUCAUUGGUGUUGAUGAUAGUGGUAAAACUUUUGAGGUCGAGGACCCCAUGCGUGAAGAGCUUCAAGCCAAGGCUCGAGCCGGUGGCACUAACCCAGCCGAGCUGCUGAGUAUCACGAACUUGUUCGGUGACGAUCUUCGUAAAGAUCAGCGUUUCAUUACGGAGAUUACCACUGCCAUGGAGGAUAUUGCCCGGGAUGGCAUCAUGAAGACGCUUCCCAAAUACAUUGAUUAA